GAUUGUUGUCAUCGCCCCCCCAUCCCCCCCCGCGCGUCGCGACAUCUUUCGUUAUGGGAGAGCUUUUUUGGUUCUUGUUCGGGUGGUGUCCAUGUGCUGCUCAUGGAUCGGUAUCUGCGCACUAGAGCAUCGCCAGCCAUGGUACUACUGCCAGGGCCUGUUGAUAUCGUCGCUCAACAACGUUGGUUUGUAGGAGGACCACUUGGACUGGACGGCAUGCCCAGGAACGGUUAAUGAAAGGGGUCGGUAUCAUGUGGCGGGGUUGAGAGAUUUGGGGAUUGUUUGUACGUGGUCAAUGCCGUGGAAGGUCCGUGCAUGGAGUCGGGAUGAGGGGUUUGUGGAUUUCGGGAGGGAUGAGGUGGUUGAGGAGGUAGUGAAGGGAGUUCAUUAGUGGGCUUUUUGUGUUCUGAGUCUUUGUUCUUAGAUUUUUUUGGUUUUUGGCCUGGGAGUUUGGAGGCGAGUAAUGCGUGGAGAGGGCAGUUUGGAUGCCAUUUUUGGGGAGUAGGUGUGUGGGAGAGGAAAAAUGAUGGUCUUGUACUUCAAGUAAGAGCGCGUUGACGUUGAGGAUAGUGAGAUAGGGUAUGAUAUCCAUUUCGCGACAAUCUCGGAUCCAAAAGUCGUGGAGCCGCGGAGAACGACGACUAUGUUUUGAGGGGCUGAUUGGCAUUGGAUAGAGGAAUGUUUAUGUUACAAUUUACUUUUUGAAAUUCAUUUUGGUGCCGUGAAGAGGGUCCGGUGGGGAACUGGAGGUAUCAUGUACAUGUAAUUGCAAUCAAGUAGAUGCUGUCGCACGUUGGAUGUGAUUAUAAACAAUGGCAUUCGCAUCAGCGCAUAAGAAUGGCGGUCCUACGCCGGCCCCACGCACCCAGGUGCGCACAGAAAGGUCCCUUUCAAUGAGCUCGCAAAGUGCGAAGCCCGUUACCGCUUCGCCCACAUCAAUAGCGUCCCCUAAUAUGCGCCCCAAAUCGGCGUCUCCUUCCCCAUCGAACAAUGUGUAUCAUAGGCGGAAUAGCAGUGGAUCAACUGGCAAGGGCGGUUUCGAUAACGGAGUUCUGAAUCGGGUCCGGGUGGCGGUUCGAUUGCGCCCUCGGAAUGCUGAGGAGCUGGAAGCUGACGCUGAUUUUGCCGAUUGCGUUGAGUUGCAACCAGAGUUCAAAAGAUUGAAGUUACGGAAAAACAAUUGGGACUGCGAGACCUAUCAAUUCGAUGAAGUUCUUACAGAGACCGCUUCACAGAAACGUGUCUACGAGGUGGUGGCUAAGCCGGUUGUCGAGGGCGUUCUCGAAGGUUACAAUGGAACCGUCAUGGCAUAUGGACAAACUGGAACUGGAAAGACAUUCACUCUAGGAAGAUUAGGAGAAGAAGAUUGUGCAGAUCGAGGUAUUAUGGUUCGUGCCAUGGAGGACAUCCUGGCAAAUAUUACCCCAGGAGAAGACACUGUAACAGUUUCAUACUUACAGCUAUACAUGGAGACAGUGCAAGAUUUAUUGGCUCCAGAGAGGGAUAACAUUGCUAUUCAAGAGGACCCUAAAACCGGUGAUGUGUCAGUUCCUGGGGCUACUCAAGUCCUACUUCAGGAUCAGACCAGCUUUGUACGAUUGCUAGAUGUUGGAGAGGCUAACCGCUUUGCUGCUAAUACGAAGCUCAAUACAGAAUCGUCACGGAGUCAUGCUCUUUUAGUGGUUCAAGUGAAGAAAGGUUACAAAGGUAGGUCUGGAGACACCGCCACAAAUGAAAACGAUAACGGCAGCCCUCAGACGGGAACGGGACUGCGUGCUCCAAUUAUUCGAAGAAGUAAACUUCUUAUAGUUGAUCUUGCCGGAUCAGAGCGUGUGGACAAAUCUGGAAGCGAGGGUCACACCUUAGAAGAAGCAAAAUCAAUCAACUUGUCUCUGACAGCAUUGGGGAAAUGCAUCAAUGCCCUUGCUGAAAAUAGUCCUCAUGUUCCAAUACGUGACUCGAAGUUAACUAGAUUGCUUCGAGAUUCAUUUGGAGGUACUGCAAGAACGUCGUUGAUUGUGACAAUUGGACCAUCGCCCCGGCACAGAGGAGAAACCACCAGCACAAUCUUGUUUGGUCAACGUGCCAUGAAAGUUGAGAAUAUGGUGAAACUGAAAGAGGAGUUCGAUUACAAAAGCCUUUGUCGAAGGCUGGAGACAGAGUUGGACAGAAUGGUAGCAGAGAAUGAGAGGCUAGUAAAAUCUCGGGAAGAUAGUGAGGAUGAGUGUGCCAGGCAGCUUGAUGAUGCUCGUCAAGAUGUGUAUGAAGCCGAGAGCAAGCUUGCGCAUGCUUUGGAGUUAACGGCUGCAGAAAAGUCGCAGAAUCGGAAAGACGUUUUGGAUAUGAAACUACAACUAGAGGCCGAGUGCGCUCGGCGUGAGCAACUCGAGAAGGAGCUGGAAGCACUUUCUUCACAUCAGUCGGAGAAAGCAGAGAAAUCUUCCAAUGUGGACACGACGAAACUCCCGAAAGAGCUGACAGAUGCGGCGGAAAUGCACCAGAGAGAGAUUGCAGAACUCAUUCAGGAGCAUCAGAAGGAACUGGCAGAGACCGUUGCUUUAUACAUGCAAGAGCGAGCUCAUCGCGAGAGGUUAGAAAAUGAGUUGGCUAGUCAACGAGAGUUGGUUCUAUGUGAAAGCCUAGGAAAGCAGCUUCUUAACGGUGCUCAACCUGAACAUCAACGCCAAGAGUUUUCCAUGGCAAUACAGUCAGGUGAGCACAGUAGCGAAGUGAUGAGCUUGAGGUUGUCUCUCGAGAAGCAGAUGCAAAAGAAUGACCAACUAGAACAGGAGCUACGUGCAUUGAAAUCGUCAGCGUCAAGAAAGAGCAUGAAAGGGAACAUACAAAAACAAAGUGAUGAACUUCUGACUUUAAGACAACGAUUAGAAGAUGAGCUCAAAGAGAGAGGAAGACUGGAGUCUGAAAAUAGACAAUUGAGGGAGCAAGCAGGUUUUCUCAGUGACGAUGAGGAGCAAACUCGAAGGAUGGUUGAUAAGGGAGGCUCUGGAAGAAGUUCAGUUGGAUCUGAAAGUCUCCCAGUUGGUGCUUCCAAUCCUGAUCAUAUGCGUGACACUAUCAAUGGCCAACGUGCUACUAUUGCUAAGCUCUUUGAACAAGUUGGAUUGCAUAAAAUACUUUCGCUUUUGGAGUCGGAGGAUGUGGAUGUACGGGUACACGCUGUGAAGGUCGUUGCCAAUCUUGCUGCUGAAGAAUCGAAUCAGGAAAAAAUUGUGGAAGCAGGAGGUUUAGGUUCUCUUCUCAAUCUGUUACAAAGUUCUGAAGACGAGACUAUUCGGCGCGUUGCAGCUGGGGCUGUAGCUAACCUUGCUAUGAAUGAAACAAAUCAAGAGCUCAUUAUGGCACAAGGAGGGAUAGGUUUGUUGGCACGGACUGCUGAUGAUGCUGAGGACCCUCAGACGCUCAGGAUGGUCGCCGGAGCUAUAGCUAAUUUAUGUGGAAACGAUAAACUGCAAAUUAAGUUGAGAGAGGAAGGAGGUAUUCGGGCAUUACUCGGAAUGGUGCGGUCGAGGCAUCCAGAUGUGCUAGCUCAAGUUGCUCGGGGAAUUGCAAAUUUCGCAAAAUGUGAAUCUAGAGGUGCUGCGCAAGGUUACAAAUCAGGAAGGUCAUUACUUAUAGAUGAUGGAGCUUUGCCGUGGAUUGUUGCAAAUGCCAAUAAUGAUGCCUCGCCUAUCCGGCGCCAUAUUGAGCUAGCACUGUGUCAUUUAGCACAACAUGAAAUUAACGCCAAAGAUCUGGUGGCUGGUGGUGCCCUUUGGGAAUUGGUUCGCAUUUCUCGAGAGUGUUCUAGGGAGGACAUUCGCAACCUUGCUCAACGCACAUUAAAUGCCAGUGGCACCUUCCAAUCAGAGCUGAGACGCCUUCACUUGGUUUAUUGAGGGUUACCUUUUUGUCUUCUAAAGUCAGGAUGUGGCGUCCUAUUUCAUUUCUGAGUAGUUGUAUAAUUAGGAUAGAGAUCACAAAUGACAUAAAUCAGUUGUAAAAUUUGCCCCUGUAUCACUUUUGUCUUUUAAAUUUUGUUUUGUAUUUUUCCCCCUCCCUCCCCCCUCUGGUUGCCUUUACUUCAACCAAGUCUGUUUCCCAGUGUGAACGGGUGGGGAAAGGGACUAUAUUAAAGCGGUUUUGAUGGCCCAGAUAUCUUCACUAGAAGAAAGAUCUAGGAUUUGGCCAAUCAAUCGAAGGUCAACACUGCUCUAUGUGAAGUUUAUUUAUUUCAUCUAUUCAGCAGGCUCAUUAGUAAAGCCUGAACGGGAUAGCAUCGGAAUGUAUUCUGACAAUGUCUUCCAUAGGUUGACUCCCUGAAAUUUAGGGUUUUUCAUUGGUUCAA